AUGGCGCUGGGUAAAAGGUUGCCACAGGAAAAUGGGCAUCUCGACUCGUUGAAGGGUGAUGAGGACGAUGGCAUGGAUGUCUUAUCGCCGAAGCGCGUCCGCAUCGAGUCUCAGGCUUCGCAGCGCAAUGGAGAGAGCGCCCUGACACAGUCACAGUCCCGAUCACUUGCACCAAGGUCACAGCAGCCAGCAAAGCCGGAGGAGCACGACGGAGUAGCGACGUCAGACGAAGAUGCUGGGGAGGAAGAGCAAGACGAUGACGGCAACGAUGACGAACAGCAGGAAGAGGAUGAACAAAAAGACGUCGAUACUGAUGAGGAAAUGGCCGAAGAGGAACACCGCCAAGCUGAAGCAAGCCACGGCACCGCCCAGUCGGGUAUUGUCGAGAAGAUCGAGCUGCGCAAUUUUAUGUGUCACGCCAACUUUUCCAUUCAGUUUGGUCCCAAGCUCAACUUUGUAAUGGGUCGCAAUGGCAGUGGAAAGAGUACCAUCCUCACCGCGCUCAUGAUUGCACUCGGCGGCAAGACCAGCUCCACCAAUCGUGGUUCCAGCCUCAAGGACCUCGUCAAGAAAGGGGAAUCAUCCGCCACCAUCACCGUCACCAUGCUCAACCAGGGCAGCGACGCUUUCAAACCCGAUGUGUAUGGCAACACUAUUGUCAUUGAACGUCGCAUUUUAGCCGAGGGCGGCGGCUCAUGGAAAAUGAAGUCCGGCAACGGCAAAGUCAUCGCAACCACCAAGUCAGAGCUCGAGUCAUUCUGCGACUUUGCCAACAUCCAACCUGAUAAUCCAAUCCACAUCCUUACGCAGGACACGGCUCGUCAAUUCCUGGGCAGCUCCGAUCCUGCCGAAGUAUACAAGUUUUUCCUCGAAGGCACCCAGCUCAGCCAACUCGUGCGCGAGUACGACUUCAUCGAGACGCACGUUCGCAGCAUGAAGUCCGCGCUCGCGCUCAAAUCAGGCGCUCUCGAACAGCUCGAAACUCUGGCACAACAAGCGCUUCAGCAGUGGCAAAAGGUGCGCGAGACGCGCGGCUACCAGGACAAAAUCGAUGCCCUAGACCGCGAAUUCGUCUGGGUGCAAGUCCAAGACGCCGAAGCGCAGCUGCAACACGCCGUGGAAAAGACCGAGCGCAUCCGCACCAAGCUCGUCAAAUGCGAAGAAAGCCUCCAAAAAACUCUCGAGGCGCUCAAAAAGUGCGAAGAGCGCAUCGUCCAGCUUGAAGAUGAGAACAACAACUUUGAAGGUGUCUUUUCACCCAUCCAGCAGGAGCAUGACGAGCUUGUGCGCAAGGACAAGGAUCUCGCCCAACAGGUCAAAGCGUUCAAUGUGCAAGAACGUGAGCUCAACGACAAGAUUAUCGACGUCAACAAGAGCAUCGAGAGGUACGAAGACCAGAUCCGUGAAGAGACCGCCAAACUUGCACAAGACGGCCAGUCACGUCGCCAGCAACUUGAGGAAGAACGACAGAAGCUGCAGAAAGAGCGCCAAGAGCUUCAAGACGAAAUGGUGGACAAGGAAGAGCAGCAACGCGAGCUCGAAGCAAAGAUCGCCGAAGCCUUGCAGAGGGAAGAGGAAGAGGGCCUGCAACUUCGCCGCUUGAAGAAUGAAUACAGCACCAACAGUUCGCGACUUGCGCAGUUGCGCGAAAGCAGCAGGAAUCGACUUAUCGCAUUUGGUGGUCCCAAAGUGCCCGCCUUGCUCCAAGCCAUCAACAGCGAGAAUGGCUGGAGGUCCAAGCCUAUAGGCCCGCUCGGAACGCAUCUCAAGCUCAAAGACAUGCGUUGGCAAAGGGUGCUCGAAAGCGUCAUUGGCAACAAUCUGAACGCCUUUUUCGUCUCAAAUCAUGGAGAUCGCAUGCGCCUCAAGAAAAUCAUGGAUCGUGUCGGUAUCCACUCGCCCAUCAUCAUCGGAGCAGAGACGCUCUUCGACUAUUCGUCCGGUGAACCGCACUCAGACAUCACAACCAUCCUGCGUGUCUUGGACUGCGAUAACGAAAUCGUCAAGCGCCAGCUCAUCCUCGCCGUCCACAUCGAGCGUGCGGCACUGGUUGAAAGGCGUGCAGACGGCGACACGCUCAUGCGAACCACGCCCCAGAACGUGCAAGUCUGCUUCUCUGCCGACAUGUACAGCAUCGGUGGUGGGCAGGCCGGUUCGCUCUCUGCUGCUUUGCAAGAGCAUAGAGGUGCUCCGCGUCUAUCUCAGAACGUCGGCGACGCUAUCCGGGCUCUUGAAGAGGAGCAGCAACGGCUCGACCACGAGAUUGCCGCAUGCACGCAGCGCCUUCGCGAGCUCAAGCAAGAAAAGAGCGGCUACGAGCGCGCAAAGGAUACAUGCAAGCGUGAUUUAAACAACCUGCGAAGGCGUAAGGACGUUCUCCGUCAGGGUCUCAGCCGCCUCGACGAACAGAUGCAGGAAGCAGCACCAGGCAACAUAUCAGGGCUUGAGGAUGCCAAGCGCGACGUAGAAGUGCAAAAGGAGGCGAUCGUGCUGCAGUUCCAGGACAUCGAGUCUCAGAAAACCGAGAUCGUAGCAAAACGAGCACCGAUUCAGGAACAGAUCCAAACUCUCGAAGAUCGCAAGCGCCAAUUCGAGGACAGGAUGGGCGGUCUGCACGGUAGCCUCCGAGCGGCUGUGGCCGAACGUGUUGAGCAGAUCAACAACCGGGAUCACUGGCAAAGGAAGCGCGCCAGCAUCGAGGCCGAGAUCAAGGCCAGCGAGGCUGAAGAGGCCAACUUUGAAGAGGACUAUCAGAAUGUCGAGCAAGCAGCUCUGCAGUACUGCGACAAGGUCCAGACCACGCGUACGAUGAGUCAGAUCGAAAAGGAGAAGAAAGAGCUACAGCUGCUCAAGAAGAAGGCUGCCUCGGAAGCUGGCAUCAGCUUGGAGCAAGCUGCCGAGGACCUGCAGAGACGGCAACGUGCUCUUGCCGAAGCCAAGGACGAAGUGCAAAACAUGAACGAAGCCGAACGACGACUUCGAAGCUCGCUCGCCGUACGCUACGCCAAGUGGAACUUCUUCCGCCGCUCGAUUGCGAUCCGAGCCAAAAGCAACUUUGCACGCAACCUAGCAACACGUGGCUAUGAAGGAACGCUCAAAUUCAACCACAAGUCCGAAAAGCUCUCUCUCGCCAUCGAUACACAGGCACACAAUCAGUCGCAUCGCUCCAGCUCGGCAGCAGCGACACAGACCCAGCGCGCGGCACAACAGCAUUCUAACAAGGGUAUGUCGGGAGGCGAGCGAAGUUUUGCCACUGCCUGCCUGCUGUUGUCGCUGUGGCAGGCGAUGAGUUCACCGAUCCGAUGCUUAGACGAGUUUGACAUCUUCAUGGACCAGGUGAACAGGAGGGUGGCGCUGUCGAUGAUCAUGAAUGAGGCCAGGGCAACACCGCAUGUGCAGUACAUCAUGAUCACCCCGCAGGAUAUGCCCGAUAUGAGGAGCGAGAUGGACGAUGUCAAGAUGCUUGUCGUGAAUCCUCCGCAAAGGAACGAGGGUGCGCUGGCCGGAUGA